CGUCAAAGAAAAGCGAAAAUAAACGCAUAACGCACGUAGCAAAGCGGUAACCAAAGCGGUCAGUGUACAGUGCGCUCGUGAAUUUCAUCCGCCGCGGUGUACCGCAUGUGAAAAAAAUGUGCAUAAUUUAGAUUAGAAAACGGUGUAAAGUGUAUAAAAUCAUGUUAGAUGUGCAAGUAAGCUUUAGACAAGGCAUGAGUGUGUGAAAAUUAGUGCAAGUUCAUGUGCGAAACUUACAUACAUACAAACAUACAUACGAUAUAAGAAGGAAGUGUAUACAGCUAGAAGAACAGAUGUGAAUGCGCUGUAUUCCUGCAGGCAGACAGUCGGUAAGGUGAACCCAAGCAACCAGCACGCUUGGAAGUGUUUUAUAGCGCGACGCAGCAGCGCAAUGGUGUGGCCAACAGAACGCGAUUCAAGUGAAAGGAAGAAACAACAACUUGGCUGAACUUGUAUGUACCUGCGACCUAACAAAUUUACAUGUAACAACAAAUCUAAGUUUUAUAAACUCAAUAUAAGUGUUUCAAGCGCUUCGUCCUGCAAUGGACGGUUACAACGUUCCAAUGUUGUCCGAUAGCGGCUAUAGUAGUAAUAAUAACAACAAUAUACAAACACAUACACAUCAUCACAAAGAUCAAAUGCUUAGCGCUGGCAGUGUGCCAGCCACACCCUUCAUCUACGAGCUGCCCGGCAGCCAUAAGACCAUUAGCCAUCAACUGGCGGGAAAUCUGAAGACGACCAGCAGCGACUAUGCCGCCUUCACCAAUUGCAUACAACAAUCAGCGCUGCUCGAUCAGCGCACAGUGGACGCAGCCAAUAUCGACGCUGUGUCGCUGGGUAGCCUUUGUGACCUGAAAUUCCCCAACUCACCGACGGCGGAUAGUAGUUUUAAGAAUAUAUCACUCAUCAAUAUCGAGGCUAAUCAUGUGUUGGUGCCAGCGAAAAGCAUCGCCACAAACGAUUUGAUUAAUGAUGGCCAUGGCGUUGAGGCGACCUUUUCGAAUAUUUUAUAUGCCAAGGACGAUAUAGUUAUAGAGGCGAAGGAUAUGCCGCGCAGCGAUGCCGCGCAGGUGACCCACGUGACGCACUACUUACCCCUGAAACUCAACAAUAAUAACAACAACAACAGCGCUGUUGAGCAGAAAUUCCCAAAGGCCACAGUCACGGUCACGGCUGUGGCUGCAACUGCGCCGACUACUGGCACUACGACUGUUGCGCCAGCGAUUGCGGUGAGUGUGCCCAAUUCCAGUGCGAUGACUGCCAUGCCGUACAGUACGACGGUCGGGGGUGUGACCGUUGCUGGUGGGGGUGGUAGAAGUAGGAGCAACAGAGGCGGUCGUGGGGCGAGAGGACAUGCCAACAGCAGAAAUGGCCGUGCAACUGCAAAUCGUCAACAGCAGCAGCAGCAACCACAACAGCAACAGCAGUUGCAGCCGCAGCCAGCAGAAGCUCUUGGCAGCGCCUGUGUUGCGUCAGCGAGCAGCGACUAUUUGCCUACGAAUGCUGGAAAUAAUUUCAAUGUUACGGUAGUUAAUAAUCAGGUCAAUAGUAAUCAUCACAACCACCUAACGGAUAACCAAAUCACAACAACAACAGCAACAACGUCCACAAUUGUAGCCACAGACACUGCCAACAGUAAAGUCAUCACACACGGCAUAAAUAAUUUCAUCAGCAACAACAAUCACAGCCAGAAUACCAGCGCCAGUAAUAAUGGUAUUGGUAAUGGUACUGGUAUUGGUAAUGGUAAUAGCACUGGUAUUGUUGCUGUGAAUGGUAGUGCUAGUAGUAGCAGCAACAGCAACAGCAACAGCAACAAUAACAGCUGCAGUAACAACAAAAACAACAAUAGUUGUAGCAACAAUGUACAAACUAUAAACAGUAUUGCAACAAUGAGCCAAAACCGGGCAACGGUGUUGCAAAGUGUUGAGGAGGUGACCUUGGCCAAUUCACCCACUCAACGGCCUGGUGCAGUAAUUGUGUCCACAUGUGUUCCCGAAGCCAGCUGCAAUAGCAAUAGUAGUAGUGUCAACAUAAAUCUAAAUAAUACCAACAACAACAAUAAGACUGUUGGCAGUAGUACAAUGUCACCAAGUUCCAUAGAUCUACUAAAAGAAUCGGCGCAACAACAAUCACAACCACAACAACAACAGCAGCAACAACUAUUGAACUCAUCGAGCGUUGAUUGUGAUUCUUUAUCCUCCAUGGAUGAUCUGUUAGACGAUCAGGAGAUUAGCGAAGCCAGUUUCGGUUAUCAAGACAAUACGUCAUCGCAUUCGCAGCAGAGCGUUAGCGGUGGCGGUGGUGGCGCUGGUGGUGGCGGCGGCGGUGGUAGCAGCACCAGCAGCAAUGCCACUAAUGUUGUGCUGCUCAAUGGCAGCAAUGCGAACGCUGCUGGCGGUUAUAUGACUCUCCUGCCACCGGCCACGUCGAGUGGCCAUAUGGGCAUGUCGUCGGGUGGCACUGGCGCUAGCGCUGGUGGCUCCGGUGAGGGCAUCGAUUUCAAGCAUUUGUUUGAGGAAUUGUGCCCCGUUUGUGGUGAUAAAGUGAGCGGCUAUCAUUAUGGCCUGCUGACGUGUGAGUCGUGUAAAGGUUUCUUCAAGCGCACCGUGCAGAAUAAGAAGGUCUACACGUGCGUCGCCGAGCGUUCGUGUCACAUCGAUAAGACGCAACGCAAGCGCUGUCCCUACUGUAGAUUCCAGAAGUGUUUGGAGGUUGGCAUGAAACUUGAGGCCGUGCGAGCGGAUCGGAUGCGUGGUGGUCGCAAUAAGUUCGGACCUAUGUACAAACGUGAUCGGGCGCGAAAGCUACAAGUCAUGCGGCAGCGGCAACUCGCCCUCCAAGCGCUGCGCACAUCAAUUGGUUCGGUUGAGAUGAAGUCGUCGCCACUCUCGCCAGGAUACCAACAAUCAUAUCCGAAUAUGAAUAUAAAGCAAGAAAUUCAAAUACCUCAGGUGUCCUCACUCACACAGUCACCGGAUUCAUCGCCCAGUCCCAUCGCCAUCGCGCUCGGACAGGUUAACACGAGCGGUGGUGUGAUAUCGACGCCCAUGAAUGGCGGCAACGGCAGCGGCGGCGGUGGAGGCGCUGGUGGCGGCAAUAGCGGCAACACCAGCACCAACACCAACAAUAGCAACAACACCAGCAGCGAUGGACUCAACCGCAGUGGCAGCGGCAAUUGCCAUGACACUGGAACUGGAUCUCUGCAGAAUGCGUCCGAGUCGAAAAUGUGUUUCGACUCUGGCACGCAUCCUUCAAGCACAGCCGACUCCAUCAUCGAGCCGCUCAGGGUGUCACCGAUGAUACGUGAUUUCGUGCAAUCGAUAGACGAUCGAGAAUGGCAGACCCAGCUCUUUGCGCUGCUACAAAAACAAACCUACAAUCAAGUGGAAGUUGAUCUCUUCGAGCUGAUGUGCAAAGUGUUGGACCAGAAUCUGUUCUCGCAGGUGGAUUGGGCUAGAAACACAGUCUUUUUCAAGGAUCUUAAGGUUGACGACCAAAUGAAAUUGCUGCAGCAUUCCUGGUCCGAUAUGCUUGUGCUCGAUCAUUUGCAUCAGCGAAUACACAACGGUCUACCCGAUGAGACGCAACUGAAUAACGGUCAAGUAUUCAAUCUGCUGUGGUUAGGCCUGCUUGGUGUACCGCAAUUGGCUGACUAUUUCAAUGAGCUGCAAAAUCGUCUGCAAGACCUCAAAUUCGACAUGGGCGAUUAUGUGUGUAUGAAAUUCCUAAUACUACUCAAUCCAGAUGUGCGUGGUAUUGUCAACAAGAAGACGGUCUUGGAGGGUCAAGAGAAUGUACAAGCAGCGCUACUGGACUACACGCUGACCUGUUAUCCAUCAGUGACGGAUAAAUUCCGACGGCUACUCAGCAUACUGCCCGACAUCCAUGCGAUGGCUUCGCGAGGCGAAGAUCAUCUCUAUUCGAAACACUGCGCCGGUAGUGCGCCCACACAGACGCUACUCAUGGAAAUGUUGCAUGCUAAACGGAAAGUAUAAAUCCGCUAGGGCUACACAUAACUGUACACUUGUAAAGGAUUGUUCAACAUAGAUAUGUAUAUAUAUAUGUAUGUAUGUAUGCCAGAGGACGACGAAAGCGCUUCAAAUGCGGCAGGCGGCAAUUUCGGUGGGUUGUCGAAUGGCGCGGAAUAAAAUCCAGGGUUGGUUUUUAGUUUUAAAUCAUAAGAAAUACAAUUAAAAAAUGUAAAACAAAAAGAUUAAACAGUAAAACAACAAUUGGGAUGUUAAGCUACAAAUACAUAUACGAUAGAGGUACAUACAAUAUAUAUAUUUACAUACAUGCCUAGAGAAUAAUUUAGUAGCACUUGGAACUUACGUUAUUCCCAUUCACCAAUGCAAUUCAACUGCAGAAUGUAAAAACUAAAAAACAAAAAAAUACAAAAAAAAA